AUGGAUAUUAACAAAUUCAUAGAAUUGCAAAAUGAAAAUUUCUCGUUGCGUUCAGAAUUACAAUCAUUAUAUGAGGAACUUGAUUAGUUUUAAUUUAUUUUAAAUUAGAAAAUCUACUGAUUAGAAACUAAUUGAGGAAAAUAAUUGCUUAAGAUAAGAAAUAUUAUAACUAAAUCAAAAAUUGUAGUUAUCAGAAUAGUAAAAAUAGGUAAUCACAAUCAAAUUGAUAGAUUAAUAAGAACUUAAUAUAAAAUUAACUAAAACAAUCACCAACUUAUAAUAAAAUAUUAAUGAAACAUAAAUGGAAGGGUUUUCGAAUAUGAAUUAGUGCAGUUUUUAAAACAAUUUAAAUAAUAAUUACGUUUAGCAAUUAUAGGUUUUAAGAUAAAGAUAUCAAAAAAAAAAUGAAUAAGAUAGCUAAUAAAAAGAUUAAGAAAUAUAAAAAUUAUAUAUCUAGUUAUCAGAAUUAUAAAAAAUAAACAAUAAUAACAAAUUAUCAAAACCUAUGAAUAAAGAAAAUAUGAUCAAAUCAUAAUAUAGACCAAGAGGAAUGUCUGAGAAUAGGUUUAACAAUUUUGAGACCAACCUUACAGAAUCAAGAAUAUUCCGUUGA